AGAGCUCAAAGUAAGUCUGGAGAGAUUCUCUUUUUAAUCCUCGCUUGAGCCAUAAAAAAUCAAUUCAAAAAUGGAGGGAACGCGCUCCACAAUGGAGGACAGCACGCCGCCGCCACAAGCCCCCAACCCGGCGCAGACAGCCGCCUCCAAGCUGUCCCAAAUGGGGGAGAGAACUAAACAACUUGGAGUGGCCAUGCAGGACCCCGCUCGGCAGAACCGGCUCAUCCUGGUCAUCGUGUGCGUGGUGCUCCUGCUGGACAACAUGCUGUACAUGGUGAUCGUGCCCAUCAUCCCAGACUACCUGGAGGGGCUGCAGAAGGCGGCGGACAAAGCUCAGGCGCCCCCGCUUGGCAACCUCUCCAACGCCACAACACACCGAGCGGCCAAGGGUAACUUCGACGUGCAGAUCGGCAUCCUGUUCGCCUCCAAAGCCAUCGUGCAGCUGCUGGUCAACCCCCUGAGCGGCACCUUCAUUGACAGGGUGGGCUACGACAUCCCGCUCAUCAUCGGGCUCAGCAUCAUGUUCCUGUCCACGCUCAUCUUCACCUUCGCCGAGAGCUACACCACCUUGUUUGUAGCUCGCAGUAUGCAGGGCAUCGGCUCGGCCUUCGCCGACACGUCCGGUAUCGCCCUGAUCGCAGACCGCUACACGGAGGAGGCGGAGCGAAGCAAGGCGCUGGGCAUCGCCCUGGCCUUCAUCUCCUUCGGGAGCCUCGCAGCGCCCCCCUUCGGCGGGAUUCUCUAUGAGUUUGCAGGAAGGCGAGUGCCCUUUCUGACCCUCGCCGCCGUGUGCCUCAUCGACGGGAUCCUGUGCCUCCUGGUGCUCAAGCCCUUCUCCAACCGGGAAAGGGCAAACAUGCCGGUGGGCACCCCCAUCUACAAGCUCAUGAUGGACCCCUACAUAGCGGUGGUGGCCGGGGCGCUGACCAUCUGCAACAUCCCGCUGGCCUUCCUGGAGCCAACCAUCGCCAAGUGGAUGGAGGAGACCAUGAGCUCCAGCCAGUGGGAGAUCGGAAUGACGUGGUUCCCCGCCUUCUUCCCGCAUGUCCUCGGGGUGUUCCUCACCGUCAAGCUGGCCGCCAAGUACCCGCACCUGCAGUGGUUCUACGGCGCCAUCGGCAUGGUGUUCAUCGGGGCCAGCUCCUGCACGGUGCCCGCUUGUAAGAACUUUGGUGAGCUCAUGAUCCCGCUGUGUGGGAUCUGCUUCGGCAUCGCCUUUGUGGACACGGCGCUGCUGCCCACGCUGGGCUUCCUGGUGGACGUGCGUCACGUCUCCGUGUAUGGCAGCGUGUACGCCAUCGCCGACAUCUCCUACUGCGUGGCCUACGCCAUGGGGCCGGUGGUGGCCGGGAAGAUCGUGCACGACCUGGGCUUUGUGCAGCUCAACCUCGGGAUGGGUUUGGCCAACGUGCUGUACGCGCCGGCCCUGCUCCUGCUGAAGAACGUGACCCAGAUGAAGCCGUCCUACUCGGAGAGGAACAUGCUGCUGGAGGACGGCACCUCGGGACUCUACGACUCCAUCAAGAUGGAGCAGAGGGAGAAGAAGCGGAAAGGUUUGUGCACCACCAUCGACGAGAACGGCAUCGAGACCUUUGUGCAGCGCUCCUUCUCCGAGGAGGAAUCCUCAGGUGGAGAAUAUGCAUAA